AUUACUACGAAUCUCGACGCUACAGAUUCAACAACUGGAAUGACAGCUGGCAAAAAAAGCAAACGAGAUGACGUCUCAGCCGUUGACACUUUCGAUGAGGUGGUCAUAGGGUUACAUCAAGCGGAAUCAGCUGUACUCAUGCUAAAAAGUCCUGAGGAUGAUGUUAAAACUCGUGCUUGUGAAGCUCUCUAUAAAUUUUCGAAUAAAAGUGAUGAAAAUAAAAAGACACUCGUAUCAUUAAAUGUUUUGGAGUACUUGCAACCGUUAAUAAAAGAAGAAAAUAAGGUGGUUAAAAGAAAUGCCACACUCGUCUACGGUGUUCUAUCAUCACUUUCUUAUGCAAGAAAUGUUAUCAGAAAGCUUCCAAAUAUUGUUGGCGAUUUACUCAAACUUUUAGAUCAAGAGGAGUUCGAAACAACUAAAGAAUUCGCUGCUAUGACCUUGUCACAUCUUUGCCUGGAAUAUGUUAGUAUAAAUGAUCUAAUAGAAAAUAAGUGCUUCCCUGCCAUUAUACCGUGUCUGAAAUCAACUGACCCGGAUGUACAAAAAAACACCUUAGACAUUCUAAAUUUGCUUAUGCAAGAUUUUGAGGCGCGACCUAUGCUUAAAGCUGCUGAAGGUUUAGAAACUCUAAUCGAGCUGUUGACUUCAGAGUAUCCAGUUAUUCAAGAUUUAGUGCUUAAAGUAUUUGCUAGAGCAACACAAGACAGUUUAAUUAGAACAGCUCUGAGAGAUAUGAAUGCAUUGGAUGCAUUUAUUGAAAUUAUUGGAAUUCCAGAAUUUAAUGAUAUACAUGUUUCUGCAUUACAAGUUAUUGCAAAUCUAUUAGAUGAUGUAGAAUGCGUUAAGCCUUUAAUUAGUCAAGGAAGUCUUCAAACAUUAUUACACUUUAUUACAGAUCGUCAAGUUUAUAAUGAGAAUGACAUUAAAUCGAAUUCUGCUAAUCAGCAGCAGGUAAAUAAAGAUAAAAACGCCAAAGGAAGAAAAGUCAGCGCUAAAAAGACUGAUAAGAAGAAAAGUGGAAAAGGAGAGUCGGAUGGGAAAAAGGAUGAUGAAAAACCACCGUCGAAUACUCUUCCAGAGGCAAAAAUUCAUACGUGCAAUGCACUUAUGAGAGCUGCUUGUAAAGAAGAAACACGAAAAAUUCUACAUGAUGCAGAUACUGAAAGGAUGUUGGUGUCAUUAUUAUCACAUGAAGAUGAAGGUGUACGGGCAGCGUCUGCUCAAGUCAUUGCUGUAUUCUCAGAAAGUGCAAUAUGCCAGGAUAGAAUAGCUGAACUAGGUGGACCAGAAUUAUUGAUACGUAUGACUCGGAGUGAUCAUCGUGAACUUAAGUCUGCUGGAGCUACAGCGCUGGCUGCUUUAACCACGGGGAAUGGAUCAGUUUGCCGAGAAGUUGCAAGUAGAAAUUCUGGCAUUGAAGCAUUGUUGAGUUGUUUACAUAUGCAUGAUCCUGAGGUUGACUCAAUCACUGUCGGUGGCUUAGUAGCAUUGACGAAUUUGGCUCUUGAAGAAACUACAAAACCGAAAGUCUUACAUUCAAUAACAGCCAAGCUAUUUGUGCCGACAUUAAACUCAAGCUCUGUUUUAACCCAGUCAAAAGCUGCACUAGCAGUAGCUUCAUUGAUAUGUGAACCGAAUACCAUACAACAAUUUCGUCAACUUGGUGGUCUAGCAAGUUUAUUGAAUUUAAUCCAAUCAACAAAUAACGAAGUACGUCGUUCAGCGUGUUGGGCACUUGCCACAUUAGCCAGUGAUCAUACUGUUGCUAUGACACUAUCACAAAUGGAUGGUAUAACUAUUCUACAGAAUUUAAAUGAGUCAAUAUCACGAAAAAAUGCUUUCACUGAAUUGGCUUUGAAACGUGUACUCGAUGCCAAUUUAAUGGCUAAAUUUUCCCUUACUGGUUACUUAGAUUUCACAGAUUAUAUUCCAGAUGUAUUUUAUGAUCCUGGUCAAUUAACAAAUUCAUCGUCGUUUCUUACACUGGAAGAGUAUGCUGAUCAGGCUGUGAAUGAUCAUCGGCCAAUAUUCUUUAUAAAUAUACAAAAAUGUGGUAUUACUUCUUCGUCAGACGGUGAUCAAUCUCAAGUGGCAAGUGAUUCAAAAACGGAUGAAGAUAGACAAGAUGGAAUGAUCAGUUUCAAUGAAAACAAAUAUCCUUUUGAUUCUAUUCUAUACAAUUGGUUAAAUAGCGUGAUUAAACAAAUUACACCAUUGCAAAGUAUAAAAGAACAAAUUAAAUGUUUAGGGGAAUUCAUAGCCUCGUGUUAUGGUGGGGCUAUCAGUAAAGACGAACAAAUUACUUUAAGAAAUGAAUUGUCUGUCGCACAACUACGCUGUCAGUUAAAUUCAAACUUGAUACCAGUAGGAUUAAUUAAACAAGGAUCUUUUCUACAUCGUGCGCUAGUGUUUAAAUUUUUUGCUGACAGAAUCGGCCUACCGUCUAAUUUAGUACGUGGAACGUAUGGACGUUCUUACAAUGAAGUACUUUUGAAACCAGAAAAUACAAAUUCCAAGUUGCAUAAAGACUUAUAUAUUGUCGAUUUAAUGUUUGAACCAGGAAAAUUAUUGAAAGCGUCUACUAGUGAAGCAUUAGAAUAUAUUAGUAUCGCCUGUUAA